GUCUUUUUUCCCCUUUUAAUCUCAGGCAUUCGACCUCCGAUCAUGAACGGCCCCAUGCACCCGCGUCCCCUGGUUGCACUGCUGGAUGGCCGGGACUGUACAGUAGAAAUGCCGAUCCUGAAGGACGUGGCCACCGUGGCCUUUUGUGAUGCUCAGUCCACCCAGGAAAUUCACGAAAAGGUACUGAAUGAAGCUGUGGGGGCCCUGAUGUAUCACACCAUCACUUUAACCCGUGAGGACUUGGAGAAAUUUAAAGCACUUCGAAUAAUCGUUCGAAUUGGAAGUGGUUUUGAUAACAUCGAUAUCAAAUCUGCUGGGGACUUAGGGAUCGCCGUUUGCAACGUCCCGGCUGCGUCAGUGGAAGAGACGGCGGACUCAACAAUGUGCCACAUCCUGAACCUCUACAGGCGAACCACCUGGCUGCAUCAGGCUUUGCGAGAAGGCACAAGGGUGCAGAGCGUGGAGCAGAUUCGGGAAGUGGCUUCUGGAGCUGCCAGGAUCAGAGGAGAGACGCUGGGCAUUAUUGGGCUGGGUCGAGUGGGCCAGGCCGUUGCAUUGCGUGCCAAAGCCUUCGGCUUCAACGUCAUUUUCUAUGACCCGUAUCUCUCGGACGGCAUCGAACGGGCCCUUGGCCUUCAGCGGGUCAGCACCCUGCAAGAUUUGUUGUUCCACAGCGAUUGUGUCACCCUGCAUUGCAGCCUCAACGAGCACAAUCAUCACUUGAUUAAUGACUUCACCAUUAAACAGAUGCGACAAGGGGCGUUCCUUGUGAACACGGCUCGCGGAGGACUGGUGGACGAGAAAGCCCUCGCACAAGCACUGAAGGAAGGCAGAAUACGGGGAGCAGCCUUAGAUGUCCAUGAAUCAGAGCCAUUCAGGUGACUGGACAACUCAUUCUUUAAAACCAGAGCUUGAAGGCCCUUGAAAUAAUAUAGUGCCAUCUCCACUUUGUGAGAAUUCUUAGCAAAUCAGGAUGAUUUGAAAAUCAGCAUCUCAAAUACAUUGUUAAGAGCAUUUGUGGUGUUUGCAUCAAAGUCUAAUGGGAAAAGGUCCUAGCAUCUCCAAAGAGUGAGCCCUAAACAUAUUGUUAAUACAUGUUGGGACUGCAAGGGUCUCUCUCAUAAACUUAAAACGGAAUAAUUUUAAGGGUCAAAAGUUUGAAAAUAUAUAGGCUUGGACCCCAUAAAGAAACUGG